AUGAAACUCGUGCUUCCUCUCCUCAGCGUUUCGACACUAUACGCUGCGUUUUACUUCGCCCAGAUCAAUGGUUCGCAUGAUUUGGCUCUGCGAUCCGUUAUAUCGAAGACAUUGCCCGGACGCGAUGAUCCUCUUCGCACUGUUUACACGGGCAUCGAGCCAAUUGACCGGUUGCUCACGGUAUUGACUGUUUUCUUCUGGCCGAUGACUGACGGAAGCACCCCUACCUUGACGCUGCAUUCUCUUGGGUUUGCCGGAACGUUUGGCUCUGCUUGGAUGCUUCUGACAGUUGAGUCGUGGAGGAAAGGCAAUACUUGGACUAUUGCUGCAUUCCCAUUCAUUUUUGGCAUCCUCGCUCAGAUUUUGACCUUUGCUUUCGCGGCACCUCUCUACGCCGGUCUACACCUUAUUUUCUCUAGCACUGCCAGCAGGCCAAACGCAGAGAGCAUCCGCGCUCCUCGUGCCGUCCUAAACGUGAUCCCUUACGCGUUCUUCAUCGGCUACUUAGUCCCUAGCCUGCUACUAAUUGCCCCUCUCUCGGAGACCAUCACCACGGAUGUGAAACAAAUCAUCAUCGCAGCCUGGCAACCCUGGCCGUUGUACAUUUCCUUCUUGACCACUAUCACACACAUCCUCUUCUCGCCAUUUGUAAGCAACGACAAGACCAUCGACGGCGGCCGUGCAACACUUAGCUCCCUUCGGAAGGUCUACGCCGUCGCUUUUGCAAAUACUGCCAUCAACCACUUGAUCCCCUGGACCAUCUCCCUUUUUACAAUCUUGGAACCUCAAUUCUUCAACAAAAACUUCGCGCAUGCUCUCCACCCCUCUAACGUCUUCCAACUUCCCCUACCAUGGGCUCAGCCGCCCCUCCAGAUUUCCGAUAUUGGCGCCGGCGUGCACGUCUUUCUCCGAUGGGACUAUAUCAUCGGGUCUACGGGUGUACUGCUCUGGGCGCUGAGCUUGCAUCGCAAUGCGCACCGCGCGAUCCUAGGCAAGGCCGGUGGUCUGGGAUUGUUGAUUAAGGCGGUACUGUUAUCUGUUGUUGCGAGCCCGGUUGGUGCUGCUGUGGAGUUGAUGUGGGAGAGGGAUGAGUUGGUUGUUCAUGAGACUGGAGGGCUGAAGUCUAGGGUUUCUGGUUCUAAGAAGUCUUCUUGA